UAUUCACGUAUUGCCUACGUCAACCCCCAUUGAAACCCUCCGAACACUUCUAUACGUAGUAUAGUAGUCUUCCAUCCGAUGCUGAUUGGAAAAUAUUGAUGGCCUUUUUUUAUCUAUUUAUUUUGUUCUACAUUUACAAUAGUCACUUUUUACUCGUGGUCCAAUUUAGUAUUAUUCAUUUUAUAAUUUUAUUUAGUUCAGAUUUAAUUUAUUUAGUUCAGAUUCUGGGAUUUAAUUAUCGGGAAGAGUUGUCCUUCGUUUUCUUCUUCUUGGUGGAAAAUAAAAUUAUAAAUAGAAGAUAUAAAGACUUGUAGGGCGGUGGGUAAUGAAAAUAGGAUCGAUAAGAUGAAUGAUAAUUCUGGUGAAUAUUCACGAAAAGCCUCGAGAUAUUGAGGGAAAUAUUCCUACGUACUAUUGACGCCUUCGAGACACAAGUGCUUUGAAUGGUUUUGUCUUAGAUGACCAGGAAUAAAAAAAAUAAAUUAAUAAAAAAUGACCCAAAAGAUGAUGAUGCUGUUGAAGAAAUUCAACCAAUCCCAGGAUUAUCAGAAAAAUACUUAAAGAUGCAAGUUAACAGUGGUACCAAAAUAAGAAAUGUUUUAAAGUAUGCCUUAAAAUAUUUCGAUGAAGAUAACUGUGUUUUGUGGACCGGCGCCGGCAAAGGAAUUGAAAAAACUGUAACAUGUGUCGAAAUUUUUAAAAGGGAAAAAACUGGACUCCAUCAAAUUAAUAAAAUUCGAUAUGUGAAGUCCAAAAGAGAGGGAGAUAAACCAAAUUUAGUGCCUGAGAUAAAUAUAUUUUUAUCGAAAGCUGCAUUAGACACUUCUGAACUUGGGUAUCAAGCACCGGGAGAUCUGGGUAUGUUUGAAGAUUCGAAUGUAGUUCAGAGUCAAGGAAGUAAAAGUAGAAUGUCAGAGGAAGCUAUGAAGGAAUUUGCGGAAAUGGGUUUGAGGACGGGUCAAAAGAGGUCAAGGAAGAAGACAAAUAAUGAUGGCCCUAUUAAAAAGGGGAAGAAAGCGUGAACAGCAUCAAUUUUAUUAACAGAAUAAAAAAAAAUUUGCUUGCAUUGUUUUUAAAAUAAAAUUUUAAUUGUA